AUGAACCAGAAACGAAAUUGGGCCUUUGAUAAUAACAUUCGGCCUUCCUGGAAUGAACUUAAACCUUCGAAGCAUGUUAAACGGGAACGGUCUAAGACCGAAGACACAGAUUAUAUGAAGGUCCCAGUAUAUGUAUCGACGCUAGAACGACUUAAUCGGCCGGUAAUCGAAGAGGGUCGAAUCUAUCCCGAACGCCUGAAGGGAGGAACAGCGCGUAUUUUGGUCCUCCACCCUGGCCCUGCGUCCGAUGAUAUCAAGUGCGACCUGAGACAGAAAGAACCCCUCGCGCAAGCGUCUUUUGAUAAAGUAUUAUCAUAUGAGGCACUUUCCUACGUUUGGGGCAAAGAGGAAGAUCCAGAGUCUAUCAUUCUUUGUAAAUGUCGUUUCGCCGUUACUCGUAACCUCGCAGAAGCCCUUAAACACCUACGACUUCCCAAUUCUGACAGGAUGCUCUGGGUUGAUGCGAUAUGCAUUAACCAAUGCGAUAUAAAUGAAAAGGAAGCACAGGUGGGGUCAAUGCACUGGGUUUACAAACUCGCAGAGAAGGUUAUUGCGUGGUUGGGACCGUCAGACGAUGAUAGCAGUUUUGCUUAUGAGCCAAUGGAUUUGAUUCAGAAGCGCAACAUUACACCAGUAUCUCCGGUGAUCAUGACUCGUAUUAGCAACGAGCAUGCCCGCAACGAGCACGACCCUUUUAGCAAGCUAAUGAACCGGCCUUACUGGUCUCGCGCUUGGGUUGUGCAAGAAAUGAUGUUCGCUCGUUCCCUUGUUAUCCAGUGCGGCUCCGAGGUGGUACCAUAUUCGUCACUCGAGAAAGUCUAUCCCCACAAUCAGCAAGCCUGCAUAGUGAUCGAUUCAGAUAAGAGCGGUCCCAAGCGCAUCCACUUCCGGGGUGAUCAUGAGGUGAGAAUCUUGAGACUGGACUACGAGCAGAUAUGCCCCAAACAAUUUUUGGAUUGUUUCCUAGAUAGGCAAUGCCGCGAAAGACAGGACAACAUUUUCGCCUUUUUAAACCUGUUUAGCGAUGACAUCCAGCAACGAAUACUAGUUCGUUACAAUACUCCACUACCUGAACUUCUUCUUCAUACAGCUCGGGCAAUUAUCGAGUCGACGCGGAGCUUAUACAUCAUCGUCGUCAGGGGGCGUCAGGAGCCUCCAUGUGCUCAGGGAAACGAUAAAUGGCAGCUAGAAAUGCCAUCUUGGUGCCCGUACUGGGCCACGCCGUACAGGGGUUACUCUGUAGAGCCACAGGAUGAGCCAAGCUUGUUUGCAGAGAAAGCUGUCGUAUCCUUUCUUGCGAACGGUAGGCUACGGGUGAAAGGCUUCGUCAUCGGCAGAAUCUCGCGGACGAUUUCGCGCCAUACACCACCCGAAGCCCAAGCGACGCCUUGGUGGGAUCAAGCCGAUAUUAAUCGGGAGUGGGAGCACUACCGGGAGUGCCUGUCUCUUGGUCUAAAUGGUAUGCCAAAAGAUAUACAUACGGUACUAAUGUCCAUAAAGGCCACUACUCGAACUCUUCUUGCCGGUCGAGGCGGGAACUGUAUUGAUGAAGGAUUAAUUCAGAUGUUGGCAGAAAGCAGGACGGUGGAUAUGGGCUAUCCAGAAACAAUCGCCUUGCGUGAGAUCUGGAACAAUAUGAGGUUCCGGUUGGCAUGUUCAUUUCGACUUGGUCGUGCAGCGACUAGAGCACUUUACUCCAGCAAGAUGGCACCGGCUGCGUGGAUCAACCGUAUUGCUCUUGUUCCUCGUACUGUUCUCCGGGGAGAUGCUAUAUGUGCGAUCCUGGGAUGUUCAGUGGCGGUUGUCCUUCGCAGAAGGGGAGAACGCUAUCAUGUUUUAGGAGAGGCGUAUGUUGACACUAGCGCAAUGGGUCCAUUUAAAGUAGCCGUCGGAUUAAGGGACUUUAUACUUGGAUAG